AUGGCCUCUCACCGCCUACCGAGUUUGUUAAGCAAACGAUCUUUGAUCAGAUCAGUACAACUUCAUUCGUUCUCUCUAGCUAACGGAAAAUGCUCCAACGAAAGAAUUCUCACCGGAGAAACGAUGAAUCCAUUCGUGAAACAGAUAGAGUAUGCAGUCAGAGGGGCGAUUGUUGAGCGAGCCUCGGCCUUGGAGAAAGAACUGGCGAAGGUAUGGACUUGUAUUAUGUUUUUUCGGUAAUUUUUAAUUCAUCUGAUUACAAGAUUGUGGAAUGUGAUGAUUAACGAAUACCCUUGCCAUCUAUUGUACAUGCUUUUGCAAGAACGAAAGGAAGGCUGCCUUGAUUGAAUCGGAAACGCAUCAACCCGCCAAAAAGUUAUUAUAUUAAACAAAACAACGGGGUGUCAAUAACUUUGAAUUAUUUUAGUUGGCAUUCACGAAAUCUGUCGGAAUAUACCGGAUUUUAUUUUUCGUGAUUGGCGUGAGACUUUCAUAAAAUCUGUUUUUGAGAAGUUGUUGGUCUCUGAUAAACGUGGUCUACGUGCUAAAGGCACGUCAUAAUUUUACUAAACUCAUGUGACAAGUGGUGUGUUUGGGGGUGUGCCCUGACUUAUUUUCCAUGAGAUAGUGUUGGAAUGCAGAUUUGACACAGUUUCAAACAAGUUUUCUUCAAUCGCCAGUUGAGGAGCUGAAAGAAUAAAUCAAUCAUCACUGUAUUGUUUUAAUUUCUAGUUUUCAACCUUGUUACAGGUUGCCUCUUGACCACAAAAACAGGUCACAAAUUUGGUGGAAAUUCAUUUGCCAAAAUUUUUUUACCCACCAUGAGAACAAAAAUGGCAAGAUUUCUGUACAACCCCCUUUUUACAGUACUUGGAUGAUAGAAAACAAUGGAAAAACAAUAGAUAACCUGUGGGACUUCUGCUUUGUUUUAGAUUAGAAUGGGGUUAAACAGAAAUAUUUACCCUAAUAAUGUUACAUUUGAUAAUUUAUACUGGUGUAUUAAUUCCUGCUGCUUUUGACCUUUUCCCUUGGGAUCUUACAAUUGAAGAUCCAUAUUAGAUUUCCUAUAAGAUGGGUAACUCUUCUUCCAAAUUGUUUUGUUUUUCUUUGUGAGGGAAGGAAGAAGCUGAUGUUGUAUUAAGCUUUAGUCCAAUGGCCUCUUUGAUUUGUUAAUAUUCUAGAGGUACAACUGACAAAAUAAGUUUAUCUAGAAAAUAUCGUUCAGGGGGUGUACAGCUGCUGUAAUGUAAUAGGUUCAAGAAGGAUCAUAUUAUGUUCACCAGGGUCUCAACAGAUUCUAAAAUAACAAGAUAAAUGUUGGAUGAUUCUAAACCAUUGUCUCUCUUCAAAGAGGAUUAUCUUAGUUGGAUCUCAAUUGUCUCCUUAAUGUAGGUCUCAGUGAACACCUUGGUAGGAAUUAAUUAGCUAGUCAUAAAAAUCAUCGCCUAAUUGUACACUUAUAAGAGGCCAGUAAAGCAGAAGUUUUGCCUACUGACUGCAAUAUGAAUGGACAUUACACUUACUAUGCAAUAAGGAUCAACUAUGGUAGUCCUUUUUAAAAUAAGAUAGAGAUGCUAUAUUAGGAAACAUUUCCUGUGCUUUUUUAGCCCCCUUUGUAAGGAUGAUAAACACAAUUUCACAUUUCUUGACAUUCUUAUUUUUAUAGUGGGUGAGAAAGAUAAGUUGCACUAAACAAAAAACUUACAAUUUUGUCACUUCUCCCAAUGCUAGCUCUCAGAAUUGAUCGCUAACUCAAACAACAUUUCUAAGCUGAGUUGAUGGUUUUCUUUAUUCUCACUAAGUGUUUACUUGAUCAUAUUGUGGUAUUAUAAGGAGAACUUACUUACUGGUCAUCUACAGGGUGCACAGAAACCUUUCAAUGAGGUAAUAAAAGCAAACAUUGGAGAUGCUCAUGCCCUUGGAAUGAAACCACUUACUUUCCCACGACAGGUCAGUGCAGCCUUUAUUUGUUUUUCAAGACGCUAUAGUGGUUCUUGAUGGUAGAUUUUGCUACAGAUGAUUUUCCAUCAAGGGUAAAUAAGGGUAAUUAUCUCACAUUUUUUAUUUUAACCAGAUCACAAUCUAUUCUGCUCUUAAAUUUAGAGACAAUCUGUAGGUUUACCUUAAGGGCCAAGAGACCUCUGGUAAUAAUGGGAUCUCUGUCUAGGAUUGGUGUCCAUAGAGAAGGGUUCAAUAAUGCUACCAGCUCCACUGUUUCACAGCUGUGGAGUCUAAAUAAAUACCAAAAUGGUUGAUGUAUAAUUUACUGACCUUUCAACACAGACUUACCCUUAAGUAAUUAUAACAUUAUUAACUCCUUUUUAAAAUCACAAGUUCUUGUGUUUGUAGGUUAUUGCCAUGUGUGUAUGUCCAGAACUUAUUGAUACAGCUGACUUUCCUUCUGAUGCAAAAGCAAAAGCCAGGAGUAUACUGAAUGCUACAAAGGGUCACAGUAUGGGUGAGUUUUGUCAGAUGGUUGGUUGACAGCAUACCAUUAAUGAUAAGUUUUAAUUUUUCAAACUUACUCAUCUAAGGGGAUCAGAAGAAUGGGACCUGAUUGUUGAUUCUCCUUUUCUUUGUCAGUUAGUUGUAAAUGUUUGUUGUUAGAUCAAGAGAAUAAUUUCUACCUGAUAAGUUCGAGUAUUCUCAUUACCUGUUUGCUGGAUAAUGUACGAAUAUCACAAAAAGAAGUUACAAGUUACGCAUUAAUCACUUCUGGGCAUUAAAAGGUUAAGUGGCUGGGACUUAGAUCUUCAGAGUUGAUCCCAAUAUCAUUUGUUCCACAUUCUUGCUUUCUUUAUUCAGAAUGUGGAACAGGCUUGAUAAGCUUGUAAUACUUUUAGGAUUCCGAAAUAUAACAUGGUAGAAUCUCAUUAUAGAAUUAAUACAAUUGUGUUAUUUCUUGUAGGUGCAUACUCAGAUUCUCAAGGUCUGGAAGAUAUUCGGAAAAAUGUGGUCAAAUACAUCAGUGAACGUGAUGGUUACCCAUCAGAUCCUAGUCACAUUUACCUCACAAGUGGUGCCAGUGAGGGUAUAAGAGUAAGCCAAUUGAAAAUAGCUUGUCUAAAUUACAACCAGAAGGGAUGGAAACUUUCUUACAGGUCUAAGUUUUGGUCACUCCAUCCAUUUUGACCUGGGAGAGAAACUGAAUAUUCUUGCAUUUUUUUUUCUGUGAAAGAGGAGAAGCUUAAGUUUUUUCACAACAUUUUAGAUAAAAAGUUUGGGCUCAAGCCAAGUAGCCCAUUCAGUGAGAGUUUAUCUCAGUUUCCUUAGCAUGCCAGUCCAUGGCAAUGUUACCCCUGGCAUUUCAACAGGCUUCCUUGACUAUUCACCAGUACCCAUUUACUGUGAGAAUAAACUGUUUUGCCCAAAAUCACAACACAUUGACUCAACAGGUGACCCAGACCUCUUGACCCAGAGUCCAGUGCUCAAACCAUUAGCAACUUUUAAUUAAAGUGACUGAACUGCUAUAUUUGCUUUCAGUUUACUACAAACAGAACUUGAUAUCUACUUGAGAGGCCUAGUGCAAUGUCACUGAUCUUUAACAGCCCGAACAGCACUUAAUAUUUAUGCUUAUUGAUCUCAAUGUUUAUUUUUGUAGUCUAUAUUAAAAUUACUUCAAACAAGUGUCAACACUGGAAAUAACAGGGCUGGUAUUAUGAUUCCAAUACCACAGUAUCCCCUCUAUUCAGCGACAUUGUCUGAGCUGAACUCUUAUCAGGUAACUCGAGGUCAAUUAACCCUUUACACCCUAAUAUCAGUAUGCCUAUUCUCCAUACAGUUCUAGUUACAUUUCCUAAAGUGCUGAUGAGGAGAAUUGGUUUAACGUGCAAGAGCUGUAAUUAUAAGUAGUGGACCAUUUCCUUUAUUCUUGUGACUGUGCUGUUUGAUUCUCUUGGUUUAUUCCUAAAUUUUAGAUUGGUUAAAAUGGAUUUCACAUACUUACACACAGCAUUGAUGUUUUAUUAUUGAAUUUUUUCUUUACAGAUCAACUAUUACCUUGAUGAAGCUAAUGGAUGGGCACUAGACACUGAAGACAUGAAAAGGGCUUUAAAUGAGGCCAGACCUAAUUGUAUACCACGUGCUUUGUGUGUCAUAAAUCCUGGUAAUCCAACAGGUAUUAGAACCUUUUUAAAAAUGAUGAUGAAAAUGAAAGUAAUGAUAAUAGCUAAGUUGUUAAGAUGUAGAAAAUUAAAAAUAAGGCUGUCUUGUCCAUCUUCUCCGCACUUAUCUUGUGGUGCUGACAAGAAAAAUUUGUUUGACAGUUAAAGCUUAAUUCUUAGGUUGGUGAUCAUUUUGUUUAUUUUAAGGUCUAAUGAAUGAUUCAGCAGUUUUACUGUAAGGAGAAAUUAGAAGCUAACAGUAGUCACUCUCAGGGUUUUAAAAGGUUAAGAAAAGUGUUGAAGGGCUGAACAGUAUCUUCGAGUUAAAGUUAGUUUGAAUAAGUGCCUCAGCAAAUUUACCAGUGCCGAAUGAUAGAGCUGGCUCACCGCCUUCCCCUCCAUGUGAUAAGUCACCUUUGGUGGCAUUGGUCUUGAAAACCCCUGCUGUAAACCUCAACACUCUGGCUUGUAUCUUUUCCCAAUCUGCCAACUAAGUGGAUCAACUUUUUCAUCCUCAGGGCAAGUUCUUUCUUAUGACAACAUCAAAGACAUCAUUAAAUUCUGUAAAGAUGAGAAACUUGUUUUACUGGCAGAUGAGGUAGGUGUGCUCUAAAAACUUGUCUCUUUAAAGUUUCUCAAUAAUUUGAGCUGGCUUACUUUCAAUUGUGCAUAACCUGUUUUAGUAGUUGAUUGAAGUAAUUCUUUAUUCAAUGCAGGUAACAUUUGACAGUUAUCAAUUAAAACUGAUCAUCUCAUGACCCUCACACUACAGAUACAAUGUUCCACCAGAAAAAGAGCAAAUUUUUUUUUAACUAGGCACAGAAACUAUAGUUACACAAUUUUUCUUGAGUGUUGGGUUGUUGAGUUGGCUACUGUUGUCAAGGCUCUUUUGAGAGCCGUCAUCAUGUCAUCUUGAAUUUUCUUUCCUUAGGUCUACCAAGCAAAUAUUUAUGGAGAAGGUGCCAAAUUCCACUCCUUCAAAAAGGUCCUUAGAGACUUGGGCCCAGAUUAUGAAGACUUUGAACUGAUUUCAUUCCAUUCAACAUCCAAAGGAUUCCUUGGAGAGUAAGUCAAUGGCUCCAAUUCUUAAAAAUAAUUUUAAUUAGUGAAUGGUACUCUUGCCCAGCCAUAUUUCUUACUGCCUGUAAGAUAGUAAUGAAGAAUACUUUUAAUUGAUUAAAGUUAUCAUGAAUUUGGAUUUAAAUUUAUCACUAAUAUUGGAGUUUUACUGAUUCAAAAGAAAUAGUAAAAUUGUACAGAUAAAGUAUAAGUAUGACAAGAAUAUAAGUAUACAAAAUCUGGGUUAGGAACUUGGUUAUAUUGUUGUAUUGUGUUAGACAAUGGCCUUGUUGUUGGAAUUCUGGAAUCCAAGAGGUCUAGGUUUGAGUUUUGACCAAAUUUGUUUGAUACUCUGUCCAAGGGUACAUGUAUGACUAAGUGAUUUAUGCUGAACUAGCUUCUCAUUUGGAGUGAGCAAGUGAGCUGAUGACUUAUUGCAUACUGUCCUUUGUGCUCUGUUAGAUGUGGCUUUAGAGGAGGUUAUAUGGAAAUUACAGGAAUGGAUGAUGAAGUCAGAUUUCAGUUGAAAAAGAUGAUGUCAGCAAAACUUUGUGCUUGUAUCACAGGACAGGUGAGCCAUUUCCUCUCCUUUCAGUCGAAGUUGGUGAAUGAUUACUGUUUAUUUAUUUAUUUUUUUUUAGUUUAUUUUGUUCACUCUUCAGCAGUUAUUGAAACAAGUUUUCCUAAGCUACUUUUUUGUCAUUCUGAUCCUUUUUGCUCAGGCAAUGAUGGACUGCUUAGUUAGUCCGCCUCAACCUGGUGACAUAUCAUAUGACACAUUCAUUGAGGUAAGGGAAAGCAAUUGCUUUAGAGACAGUGUUGUGUGGCUUUUGGCAGAGAUUUUGUCUAAAGAUAUUGGCUAUGCAGUGAAAAAUGUUCAGAUGAUUACAUGAACUAAGAAUCAUUUGUUAAAAUGACAGUAGAUAUGUAAGCAAAAUAAUUCUGUGCAACUUUUGGGUCUCACUAGUCUAAAAAGAUUGAUAUAAGUAUUCUUCAAGUAAAUUUAUUUCCCUGAAAAAUAGAUAUAGCAUUGGUCUUGUUGUAAAGAACUGCAGCUGAACUUUCAUCUGACAAGGAAUGUUGCUGUGUGUGUUGCUUUUGUAAACACAAAUUCCUUUGAAAGUAGUGUGGCUGGGACAAAAUAAUUGUUGUUACCAGGUUCUGGCCUUGUGUAAUCAAAUAAGCACUAGUUAACCAAGAGAAUAUUUCAACAGUCAGUUAGUUGCAAUUAAAUUUUCACAGCUACACCUGUGUCUAACUCAUAUAAUUUUAAUUGCUAGGAGAAAAAAGCAGUGCUUCAGUCAUUUAAAGACAGAGCUAAACUGGUUGCAGAGACAUUCAACUCAAUGGAGGGUAUUAAAUGUAAUGAAGUUAUGGGUGCCAUGUAUGCCUUCCCCAAUGUGUCAAUCCCUAAGAGGGCACAAGAAGAGGCAAAGGUAAAUGACAAUUAUUUGAUAUGAACAUUAGAUGAUCUUGUUCUCGAAAUAAGAAUUCUGUGGUCUCCUUUGCAAUGCACUCUUCAGAGUGAGCAUGUUGUUUGACAAAUCCAAACAUCGGCUGUGACCUUGAUUCUUGAUGAUGAAUUUUUUACUUUGAUGAAGUCCUCAGAUCAGGUGGUCAUAACAUUCUUGUGACAGUCUCCAAAAAUGGUCCUUUUCAGAAUUAUCCUCACCCUGAAUCACACUACAAUAGGAGAAACAUUACAGUGUUUUUACCUUCCCUUUAUUAAACUCCAAUAUUACCUAAUCUCUGCACUGUUCUUUACACAUUUCUUAUGGAACUGACAAAGUAAAUUAUUUUUAACAACUAAUACCUUUUUUAGUUGGCAAUCAUUUCCGCUAUUCUUGUGAGCUUAGUGAUGGAUUCAGCAGUGAUACUGUCAAGAGGAAUAAGAUACUUGAAGCUCUUUGGGUUUAAGAAGUAAAUGUUGAUUUGCUCAUAAUUUUUUCCUCCUUUUGUUUAGUCCAGAGGUAUGCAUCCUGACAGUUUUUAUGCUCUGGAGUUGUUGGAGAAAACAGGAUUGUGUGUUGUACCAGGAAAUGGUUUUGGACAAAGAGAUGGAACAUUCCAUUUCAGGUAGGGUGGUGCAAGACAUUAGGACAUUAAAGAUUAAAAAGCUUCCACAUUUUAUCUCACACUUUAACACCAAAAAUACAAAAACUUUAUGUGAAUUCAAAGGUUUUUUUCCUCUGGUUGUUUUUCAGGCUGACAAUCUUGCCUCCCAUUGAAGCACUCAAGCCUCUGUUUGAACGUUUUAAAGUCUUCCAUCAAGAGUUUAUGCAAAAAUACAGAGAUUCCAACUCUGCCUUAUAACUCAGUGGGAUUGAGUUACUAGGAUUACUAAAUUUUGUAAUAUAAUUUAUGAUAUGUUAUUUCUUGGAUCUGAAUGGGAAUGUUAUGUAGAAUACUUGCCUUUUCUGGUUUAUGUGGAAACAUUAAGCUGCAAAAUAAGUCACUUUCAAGAUGUCUAAAGUAUAUCUUUAAAAGGAAGCCAAUUACAUUGCCUUCGAUCUGAGAAUGAAUUUUAUUUCAAGCAAAGAAAACUCAUUUUCAUAAGACUAAGUUCUACUCUUGGCUUUAUUUUGAAAAUGAGGGUAUGAAGAUCACUGAAAUGGCCUGUAACUAGCAUGGGUUUUUUUUACUUGAGAGGGUGUGUAGCAGUAUGGAGUCUUUGUUGGAUAAGUAGCCACUCAGAAGGAGAGAGAGAAUACAGAAAGUGGCAGAGGAUGGAUUACAGUCUGGAAAAAAAAGUGAGAAUUAUAAAGUGAAUCACAACAACGAGCUUCCCCUUGCAAUUCUGAAGUGUCCAAAGAUCUCAAGAUGGAUAGUACAAGUACUUAUCAAGACUAAAAGUACCAAAUCAAACAUAACUUUUUUUUGUAGUGUUAUUGUAAAUAUAAAGUUGAAGUUAAUAAGGUUGAGGUUUUCCAUUGUGGUGAGAGAAAAUUAUUCUCAAAGUUUCCAAUUAGUGUUUGUGUCACAGUGAGGUCAGCUGUGACAAACAGUAGAUCCCAACAUUUCAUCAGCAUACUGGUAACUUAUCGCACACGACAGUUAUCAUUGUUCAGUUGAAAUGCCACAAUCUACCAUCUGGCCACAGUGUGACAAGAAACAUUGAUACCUCAUAAAUAAUUAUGUGUUGCAAGCACAUUUUGUUACCAUCAACGUUGAACACUUGAAAUAUUUAUUAUGUGUGCAUUACAAUUAAGAUUAAAGCAUUAGUUUAAUUUAUUAUAUUUAUGAAUUAAAAAGUUAUUCACCAGAUGUACAUCAGAUCAAUCCCAAAUGCAGUGAAAUUCAAGAGACAAGGUUCAGUGCAUCUUUAGAUGUUUGUUAAAUCAAAUUUCUUUUCACUUGGUUGCUUAACUCUUGGGUAACCUUCAACUCCCAUAGGUGACCAAGACAGAAUUUUCCCUUUACAACAUCAAUGUAAUAUCAGGCAGACAAGUGAUGAGAAUUGAAAAAAGUGUCAAUUAGGGGAUUAUUAAUUGUUUCAAUACCAAAUUCUCCAAACUGACCAAACUAAUAAUUGUAUAGCAGACAAUAGAGAGAAUUACAAAUGAGAUUUGGGAACAAAUAUUUGUUCCCCUCACAGUAAUAGGUGUUUCUUUUGAACACCUCCACCUGUCUUGACAUGAAAUGGCUCAAUACUUUCCUUUAAAACUUCAAUCAGCUUUUGAGACCCCCUCCUUGUAAGAGAGGUGGCAGUGACCCUGCUUGCAGUUUGUGUAGUUGUUCUCUAUAAAAGUAUAUUUUGUAUCAGUGAUUUUUUUUGCCACAUGAAUGACCAUAACUAUCAGCUUAUUUUCUGAGGUUUCCAUGACACAACAGCUUUCGCGUAAGAAGUAAACAGCAUGCUUCCCCAUAAUUUUUACCUCUUUUUAAAUAGGUGAGGAAAUUAAACAGCAGUUUGCUUCAUGGAGUGUUUCUGUUCACAUUGCAACCACACGAGGCCCACAGAUUACACCAGAAAUUUUGAAAGUAAUGAAUAGCAAAAUGAUGCAUGCCUGCAGAUUGAGUGGAUUAGUGGAGAGGGUGUUGACUCUGAAGUAAUGAGGAUAGGGAGUAGUCAGAAGAUGGAACCAAUAGUGCCACCCAGCUUAUUGUGCAUUUAAUGAGUGCAGUGUACCAGAAGGGACCCAUUGUGUCAGUGUGUUGAACCAAAAUUAAACAAGCCAAUCUUCUUGAGAGGGUAUCACACAACACUACCCAAGGAUAGCAACACUAUUGAGAGUACAAUUCAUAACUUAAAAAAAUUCAUUCUCUUCAGACAGCCAAAUUUCACAGCUAGACUGUACCACACUUGCCUUAGCACAGUGUGAAGCCACAUUGACCUGAACAAUGACCUGAACAGUUGCCAUCCAUUCAAUCAAUUUUGCCUUUUACUUACAAGUGGCUUUUUGUCUGGGAUUUUGAAACAUCAGUCAUCAUCAUCAUCACACUUUACAAUCUUUUACAGGAUAUCCUUGACCUUCAUGUUCACAACACAUGGACAACAACUGCCACUGACUGGCUCAAGCUAUUUACUGCUUCAUUUCUAUAACCCUUGGACAACAAAACUAAUUUUUACUUCUAUAUAUAACAAGAAAUAUAAGCCUAAAAGACAAAAAUAAUUGUUAUCUUUUCUUGCCUAAUGUACUGCAAAAUGAAUUUUUGAUCAAAAUGAUUUCAACUUCAUUGACUGACACUUUCCAUUUUUAACCUUUUAUUUAUGAUUAAAGUAACUGAUCUGGAACAAGCAAUGUCUGACAAGAAAACUAGUUUUUAUUACUUUUAUAUACAAUAGGAAAUCUAGCAUAAAAGACAAAAAUAAUCAUUAUCUUUCCUCCAAACAUUCUUAUCAGAAAACCUACAAUUAGGCCCAUGAAGUAUUACAAACCUGGUAAAGUGGCUAUUUACAAGUUACAAAAUUAUAUUAUGCAGUAGCAAGGAAAAUAUGCUUGUAAAGUUUACUAUUAUUAAUAGUUUUGAAAAUACAUUCAUUUGUUGAUUGUAUCUAAAUACAAAGAUCAUAAAAAUUACCACAAUUUAUAUCAUUAAUAAAAGCAAUUAAUUGACAAUAGCAACUUUGACUUACAGUUGAGUACUUACUAUUGUUCAGUUGGAAGAUUUCAAAGCAAAAUGUGAAGGACCUGCCUUCAUAUACAAUCUCCACUAAAUAUUUACCAACACACAUUUUGUUUUGUUGUAAACUGACAAAAUUAUGAAGUUGUUUCAAUCUUAGAUCAGUUUGAUUCACAAAAAUGAGGAAUUGUUGAUCAUAUCUGCAGUCCACAAGACCAUCUUCGUCCAUCAACUGAUUUAUAGUUCGAACUUGAAUCUAGCCUCAUUUGUAAAGCAAAAACUAUAUACAUAUAAGCUUGAACUGUGCAAAUGUAAGCUUAUUUCAUACCUAAAUUUAAUUUUAAUAAUAAAUACUAUAC